UGCCCCUCCCCCCAGGCCAGUAUGGGAUCCCUGAACCAUGGAAUUUUCCCUUUCGGAGGAGCUACUGGUGUGGACUUCGGCCCCCCAAGAGUCCAGCCCCUUGUCCCCCGCAGCUGGACCCAAAGGUGCUGGUGGAGGAGGCACCGCCUGGCCUGAGUCCUGGGGUCUCCGUUCGCGGCCUGGAGAAGCGCUUUCCUGGCAGCCCGCAGCCAGCCCUGCGGGGACUCAGCCUGGACUUCUACCAGGGCCACAUCACCGCCUUCCUGGGCCACAACGGGGCCGGCAAGACCACGACACUGUCCAUCUUGAGUGGUCUCUUCCCACCCAGUGGUGGCUCUGCGUUCAUCCUGGGCCAUGACGUCUGCUCCAGCAUGGCCGCCAUCCGGCCCCACCUGGGCAUCUGUCCCCAGUACAAUGUGUUGUUUGACAUGCUGACUGUGGGCGAGCACAUCUGGUUCUAUGGGCGGCUGAAGGGUCUGAGUGCUGCUGCGGUGGGCCCCGAGCAGGACCGUCUGCUGCAGGACGUGGGGCUGGUCUCCAAGCAGAGUGUGCAGACUCGCCACCUCUCUGGUGGGAUGCAACGGAAGCUGUCCGUGGCCAUUGCCUUUGUGGGUGGCUCCCAAGUUGUUUUCCUGGACGAGCCUACAGCUGGUGUGGAUCCUGCUUCCCGCCGCGGCAUUUGGGAGCUGCUGCUCAAAUACCGAGAAGGUCGCACACUGAUCCUCUCCACCCACCACCUGGAUGAGGCGGAGCUUCUGGGAGACCGUGUGGCUGUGGUGGCGGGGGGUCGCUUGUGCUGCUGUGGCUCCCCACUCUUCCUGCGUCGUCAACUGGGCUCCGGCUACUACCUGACGCUGGUGAAGGCCCGCCUGCCCCUGACCACCAGUGAGAAGGCUGACACUGACAUGGAGGGCAGCAUGGACACCGGGCAGGAAAAGAAGAACGGCAGCCAGGGCAGCAGAGUCGGUGAGGGCCAGCGUGGGAGACCCAGAGCGGGUGGGCA